AUGGUGUGUAAUAGCGGAAGGUUGACAACAAGGGAUUGUGAAGGAAAUGGAGAUAAUACUGCUACUACUGUUCCAUUAUACAAUGAAGCUGACAGAUGUCCAAUAUGUCUUAACUGCCUGUUAGAGAAGGAAGUUGGUUUUCCUGAAAAUUGUAAUCAUAUCUUCUGCAUGACCUGUAUUCUUAAAUGGGCAGAGACAUUGGCUUCAUGUCCUAUUGAUCGAAAACCUUUUCAGACAGUGUUUAAAUUCAGCGUGUUAGGAGGCUGUAUUAAGGUUCAAGUAAAAAGACACUCAGAAAAAACAAAAGACAAGAAAAAUGAAAGCUUUUUCAAGAAACAACUCUCCUGUCAUGAAAAUCCUAAAAACUGCUUAAGAAAAAAAGCUACCAUAAGAGAAGAUCUAUUAAGUGCACAAUUUUUUGACUUGAAGAUUAUACAUAGGAACUCUUCUUACAGUGAAACAGGAGAAAAGAAAAAUGCAACAAUGAAGAUUAAUAAGCCUCGAAGAUCAAACUGUACAAAUCAGUACUUCAGAAACUUUUUCUCCAAUAUAUUUUCUUCUAGUAGUCACACUGGAGGAUCUACUUAUACCCAUAGAGCAUACUGUACAGAAUUUAUAGACGUGAAUGAAAUGAGUGCAGUGAUUAGGCAGAAAAGACAGGAACUGGACUUUGCAUGGUUUCGUGAUACGUUACCUGGAAUUGAAAGAAAUGGUUUUGUUCCCAGGAAUAUUGAAACCGAAGUCCUUCCUCUCAUUUCUUCUGUGUUCCCAAGAACUAUUUUUCCAACAAGUACCAUAUCUUUAGAAAAUUCUGGUACUUCUUGCAAGGGAUAUGCAUUAGCACAUACUCAAGAGGGAGAGGAGAAGAAGCAAACUUCUGGCACCUCAAAUACCAGAGGAUCAAGACGAAAACCUGCGACAACAACUCCUACAAGGAGAUCUACACGUAAUAUGAGAACUGAAACAGUCAGUCAGUCUCAGAAGUCCCCAGUAUCAAAUAAUUCUGGAUGUGAUGCCCCAGAUGGCAGUAAUCCAUCUGUAAGUGUUUCUUCUACAGCUGAGUCAGAAAAGCAAACAAGACAGGCUCCAAAACGGAAAUCUAUGAGAAGAGGACGAAAACCACCUUUACUGAAAAAGAAAUUACGGAGCUCGGUACCUCGUCCUGAAAAAUCAUCUUCGAGUGAUUCAGUAGAUGAAGAAACAGCAGAAUCUGAUGCACCACCGGUGUUAGAGAAAGAGCACCAGUCAGAUAUAGAAAGUAGUAACACUUUUACUGUGCAGACAGAUGAAGAAAACAAGUCUGCUAAUAGCUUGAGAAGUUGCAGUGAGCAUAUAGAUACAAGUGUGGAACACAUUGAGAACCAUGACACAGAGGAAACUGUGAAGGCUUCAUCUUCUGAGUCUCAUACCCAAGAUCCUCCUGUGCUAAUUGGAGAGGAGGAAGAAAUACAAAAAGUUGAGAAUACAGAUAUAGAGGCUAAUGUUUUGUGUGUUGAAAGUGACAUUUCUAAAACUAUUUCUGAGAAAGAAGAUGAUUCGUUAGCAAAUCAAGACCAAAUAUCAAAGCUUUUAGAACCAGAGGUUAAAACAGAAGAUGACACAGACCAUCUUCCAGAUGAUCUUCAGUGUCUGGGAUCUGAAACUGAAAUACAUCAACCUGUGUCUAGCCCUGUAGCUGAGUUACUUGAGAACACAGAGUCAGUGGCCAAUGAAAAUGAUAAAACAGUAGAGAGAUCCACAGUAGAAAUUGAUCAUGAAGAUUCUACAGUACAAAUAGAACAGAAUUUAGAGAGUCCCAAGUUAGAGUCUUCUGAGGGUGAAAAGAUACCAGCAGUGGACAAAGAACUCAUUGAAAGCACAGAGGUUCAGUUGCUUCAACAUGAUGGACCUGAAGAUGCAGAAAUAGUUGUAAAGUGUGAUAGUUCAGGGUCUGAAAUUUUAAAUAGUACUCAAGACUCUGAAAAUAAUUUAAUAAAAAAUGAUCCUGACAAUACAAAAUUAGAGAAAUGUUUAGAAGAAAAGACUGACUGUCUAGAUGAACACCUCAUACCUACAGAUUUGCCUAAUACACAGCCUGAAGAGAUUCAGAAGCAUUUUGGUGAGGACAAUAAUGAAAUGAUACCUAUGGAGUGUGAUUCGUUUUGUAGUGACCAGAAUGAAUCUGAAAUUGAACCUUCUGUUAAUACUGAUUCAAAGAAAUCAAAUGAAAAUUCUGUAGAGCAGAGUUCUGAAAAUAAUAUACUACCUUCUGAUCCUGCAGAUGAAAAGGUUGAAACUGUAUCUCAACCAUCUGAAAGCUCAGUAGAAACAAUGGAUAAAGCCAAAAAGCCUCGUACUCGAAGAUCUAGAUUUCAUUCCCCGUCUACAACUUGGUCUCCCAACAGAGACACUGCACGAGAAAAAAAACGGUCUCAGUCUCCAUCUCCAAAGAAAGAAACUGCAAAAGAAAGCAGGAAGUCUCGAUCACCAUCUCCUAGGAAGGAACCUGCACGUGGACGAAGGAAAUCUCGAUCUCAGUCACCUAAAAAGGAUAUUGCAAGAGAAAGGAGGCCAUCUCAGUCUCCAAAAAGAGACAGUACUAGGGAGGGCAAAAGAUCCGAAUCACUCUCCCCAAAAAGAGACACGUCAAGAGAGAACAGAAGAUCUCAGUCAAGAGUGAAAGAUUCCUCUCCAAGAGAAAACUCCAGGUCCCGAAGUAGAGAAAGAGAAAGUGAUAGAGAUGGACAGAGGAGAGAUCGAGAAGGGAGAACCAGAAGGUGGGCUAGGUCCAGAUCUCGUUCUAGGUCACCUUCAAGAUCUAGAACAAAAAGCAAGAAUUCAUCAUUUGGUAGAAAUGAAAGAGACAGUUAUUCUCCUCGGUGGAAGGAAAGAUGGACAAAUGAUACUUGGAGGUGUCCACGAGGAAAUGAUCGGUAUAGAAAGAGUGACCCAGAGAAACAGAAUGAAAAUACCAGGAAAGAGAAAAAUGGCACCAAUCCUGAUGCUGAUGAUCUGAAUUCUGACAAACGCAGAAAUGACUGUCCCAGUUGGGUAACAGAAAAAAUUAACUCAGGGCCUGAUCCAAGGACCAGAAAUCCAGAAAAGUUAAAAGACACUCACUGGGAAGAAACUAGAAAUGAAAAUACAGGGAAUUCUUGGAAUAAACACUUUGGUUCAGGCUGGAUGUCUGCCCGUGGGAGAGGUAACCGUGGCAGAGGCACUUACCGAGGAGGUUUUGCCUACACAGAUCAGAAUGAAAACCGGUGGCAAAACCGAAAACCCCUGUCAGGAAAUUCAAAUAGUUCAGGGAACGAUUCCUUUAAAUUUGUGGAACAGCAGCCCUAUAAGCGAAAAAAUGAGCAAGAGUUCUCAUUUGAUUCGCCAGCAGAUAGAUCAGGGUGGACAUCUGCAUCUAGUUGGGCUGUGAGAAAGACUCUCCCAGCAGAUGUACAGAACUAUUACUCACGAAGAGGCAGGACUUCUUCAGGUCCACAGUCUGGAUGGACGAGACAAGAAGAAGAAACAGCUGACCAGGAUUCGAACCUAAAAGACCAAACCAACCAACAAGGGGAUAGUUCUCAGCUACCUAUAAAUAUGAUGCAACCACAGGUGAAUGUAAUGCAGCAACAGAUGAAUGCACACCAGCCCAUGACUAUCUUCCCAUAUCCAGUGGGCGUUCACGCUCCUUUGAUGAACAUCCAACGCAACCCAUAUAAUGUGCAUCCUCAGCUGCCCUUGCAUCUCCAUACAGGAAUGCCUAUUAUGCAGGUAGCUGCUCCUACCAGUGGAUCUCAGGGACUGCCACCACCACCUCCCCCUCCCCCACCAUCCCAACAAGUCAACUACAUUGCUGCACAGCCAGAUGGAAAGCAAUUACAGGGUAUUCCUAGUGCUUCUCAUGUAAGUAAUAACAUGAGUGCGCCUGUCUUGCCUGCUCCGACAGCAGCCCCAGGAAACAUGGGAACAAUUCAGGGACCAAGUUCUGGUAAUACUUCGUCAUCAAGUCACAGCAAAGCCUCUAAUGCUGCUGUAAAAUUGGCAGAAAGCAAAGUAAGUGUUACAGUGGAAGCCAGCGCAGAUAGCUCGAAGACAGACAAGAAAUUGCAAAUUCAAGAAAAAGCAGCCCAGGAAGUAAAAUUAGCCAUUAAACCAUUCUACCAAAAUAAAGAUAUUACCAAGGAAGAAUAUAAAGAGAUUGUACGAAAAGCAGUAGAUAAAGUUUGUCAUAGUAAGAGUGGAGAAGUAAAUUCUACUAAAGUAGCAAAUUUGGUAAAAGCCUAUGUAGACAAAUACAAAUACUCACGUAAGGGGAACCAAAAGAAAACCCUGGAGGAGCCUGUGUCUGCUGAGAAACACAUAGGCUGA